UGUUUAGCUGAUCAUUCCCGAAAAGGGCGAGCGCCCGUUCAGCGAGCUCUUUUCCAUGUCUUAGCCACCCUGAUUCAAGUCGAAAGUCAGUUGUGCCAGAGCAAGGAGAGCAAGUACACCUCCGUGGAACAAAAUCUCGAAAUUUGGGACCCAAAUCCCAUUAUUCGUGGUCCUCUUCUCAUGCUCCUUGGACUCCUGAGCUUUUCAACUUAGUGGUUGUGCCAUAGGAAUAGUGGCACAAUGUGUUUGGCGUCCUGAAAGGUUCUUGCAACCAGCCUCAUUUCGUUUCAUUUAAGAUUCGCCAUUCUCCUUCGUUUGUUUCCGUUCCGUUCCGUUUCAAUUUCGUGCAGUCCAUCCAUCCAUCCCAGCUUUGCGGUCAUUGUCUCACUCUCGAUUAGCACAUAGUGAUAGGUCAAUGAUGGCCUCAACCAGCUCAUCUAGACAGAACUCCAGUGGGCCCAUGGCUCCAUCUUCCUCAGCUAUCCGAGCUCUUUCUUUAGAACUGAAAUCCUUGAUGGAGGAACCUCUCGAGGGGAUCAGAGCCAAAUUGGUCAACGAAGAAAAUCUCUUUGAAUGGGAAAUGGCAAUUUUUGGGCCUCCAGAUACUCUCUAUCAAGCGGGCUACUUCAAGGCCCACAUGAAGUUCCCCAACGAUUACCCCUAUUCCCCUCCCACGGUGCGUUUCCUCACUAAAGUCUGGCAUCCAAAUGUAUACGAGAAUGGAGACCUCUGCAUAUCGAUAUUACACCCUCCAGUUGAUGAUCCUCAAAGUGGAGAGCUUCCCUGUGAACGCUGGAACCCUACUCAAAAUGUUAGAACAAUCAUGUUGUCUGUGGUGAGUUUAUUAAAUGAACCUAAUACCUACAGCCCGGCCAAUGUGGAUGCUUCAGUCAUGUAUAGAAGAUGGCGAGAUUCCAACGGAAAAGACAAGGAAUACGAAAACAUCAUUAAAAAACAAGUGCAAGCCUCUCGCGUGGAAGCUGAGAAGGAUGGCGUGAUCGUUCCCACCACCAUGGAGGAAUACAUAAUGAAACCCAAACCUCGUCCGUCCUUUCCUCAGGACAAUAUCGACAUGGAUGAUUUCUAUGAUGAUGACUGCUACGAUAUGGACGACGAGGACGAUUGCUCAGACGAUGAAGAAUAUCAGGAAGACGAUGGAGAAGACAGCGGGAAUGGGGAAUCUUAAGAAACCGGCCGAAGCCAAUGACAGCUCAUGGCUCUGCCCCUUCUUGGGGUGAACGAGUUAGAAAAUUCAAGUUAUGAAUUCUUUUCUUUCAAACCAGCUAAGUGUAUAAUAAUAGCUCUAUUAUGCAUUCA